UGACCUCAUUCCUGAACUGAAUGAAACUGAAGAAUAUGAGGAUGAAGUUGAUGAAAAGGAAACAGAGGUGGAUGAAGAAACUGCAGCGAUUCCUAGCACUGACAGUACAAUAAACCAAAUGAGGAAAGAUUUCCAGGUGACUACAUCCAGCUACAGUCAAGAAAAAAUGGGGACAAAACCCAAUGAAGCUAAAACAAAUAGAUACUUAACAAGAGAAGAAGAAUUGCAUGGUAAGGAUGAUGUUUUCAAAGCAGUUUAUUACCCUACUUCUCCACCUGUUAGUGAAAUUUCUGAAGAAGAGGAAGAUCCUUUUUUGGAAUCACGAACAAUUACUGGAAUUCCUCCUCAACUCAUUGAGUCCACCAAAGGCAUAGAAGAAGAGUACAUAUACCUUUCUUCAGGCACUGAACCAACAAGAAUAACCACUACUGGCCAUAGUGACGAAGAUUUCUUAUUGUCUCCUUUUAAACCUCAUCAGGAAUCUGAUGACUUUUGGAGUUCGGUUCUUACCACUUCUUCAGCACAGCUGGUUACAGAGGAGACCUCCCAAGAAGACACCCUUCCUUCAGGAAGCCCAGAUAUAAGCAUGCAUGAUGUUCUUUCCCAAGGCUCCAUUAAGUAUGUGUCAGAAGGUGUAGCACCCUCAAGCUCUGAUGAGCCUCCAAAGCAUCCUUCUUCCACUGAUGGAAAUUUAUGGUUUCGUAAUGCUACUGAUCUGACAACUCAAGCUGUUGAUACAUCGGAUAGCAGGCAAUUGUCUCAGACCAGUUACACUGAUGCUUAUGUAGAGGGAUUAAAGCCAGCUACAGUGCCCUAUUCCAGCAGCCCAGUGGUUUCACAAGACACUUCAGAUGCGGAUUUAGAAUUGCCACAUUAUUCUACCUUUGCUUUCUCCUCUGCUGAAUUAUCACCUCACUCUAUCUCUUCAAGCUCUGGAGAAUAUGGUUCUGCUUCUGCUGCCAGUGAGGUACUCUCUCAGACAACUCAACCAGUCUAUAAUGAGGCAAGUAAUAGUAGCCAUGAGUCUCGUAUCGGUCUAGCUGAGAGUCUGGAAUCAGAGAAGAAGACAGUUAUACCACUUGUGGUCGUAUCAGCCCUGACUUUUAUCUGUCUAGUGAUUCUUGUGGGUAUUCUCAUAUACUGGAGGAAAUGUUUCCAGACAGCUCACUUUUAUUUAGAAGAUAAUACAUCACCUCGAGUGAUUUCUGCUCCCCCAGCUCCAAUCUUCCCAGUCUCAGAUGAUGUUGGAGCAAUUCCAAUAAAGCAUUUUCCAAAACAUGUUGCAGAUUUACAUGCAAGUAAUGGUUUUUCUGAAGAAUUUGAGGAAAUCCAGAGCUGUACUGUAGAUCUAGGUAUUACAUCAGACAGCUCUAAUCACCCCGACAACAAGAAUAAGAAUCGAUACAUAAACAUUGUUGCUUAUGAUCAUACUAGGGUUAAAUUAGCACAGCUUGCAGAAAAGGAUGGAAAACUGACUGAUUACAUUAAUGCCAACUACGUUGAUGGCUACAACAAGCCAAAAGCCUACAUUGCAGCUCAAGGGCCACUAAAAUCGACAGCAGAAGAUUUCUGGAGAAUGAUAUGGGAACAUAACGUAGAAGUUAUUGUGAUGAUAACUAAUCUCGUUGAGAAAGGAAGGAGAAAAUGUGACCAGUACUGGCCUGCCGAAGGUAGUGAAGAAUAUGGGAACUUCUUGGUUACUCAGAAGAGUGUUCAUGUACUUGCCUAUUACACUGUGAGGAACUUUACUCUUAGAAACACCAAGAUCAAAAAGGGUUCCCAGAAAGGGAGGUCUAGUGGACGUAUAGUAACUCAGUACCAUUAUACCCAGUGGCCUGACAUGGGUGUUCCAGAAUACACGCUGCCCGUGCUCACCUUCGUGCGGAAGGCAUCGCAUGCCAAGCGCCACGCUGUUGGGCCUGUUGUGGUUCAUUGCAGCGCUGGUGUUGGAAGGACAGGCACAUACAUAGUGUUAGACAGCAUGCUGCAGCAAAUCCAGCAUGAAGGGACAGUCAACAUAUUUGGAUUCUUAAAACACAUACGUACCCAGAGGAACUACUUGGUGCAGACUGAGGAGCAAUACAUCUUCAUUCACGAUGCAUUGGUCGAAGCGAUACUCAGUAAAGAAACAGAAGUCCUUGAGACUCACAUUCAUGCCUAUGUUAAUGCCCUCUUGAUACCUGGACCAACAGGAAAGACCAGACUGGAGAAACAAUUCAAGUUACUGAGCCAGUCUAACACCCAGCAGUGUGAUUAUUCAACUGCACUCAAACAGUGUAACAGAGAAAAGAACCGAACUUCAUCCAUCAUUCCUGUGGAAAGAUCUAGAGUGGGUAUCUCAUCACUGUCUGGUGAAGGAACAGACUACAUCAAUGCUUCCUAUAUUAUGGGUUAUUAUCAAAGUAAUGAAUUCAUUAUUACCCAGCAUCCCUUACUACACACUAUCAAGGAUUUCUGGAGAAUGAUAUGGGACCAUAAUGCCCAGCUAAUAGUCAUGCUUCCUGAUAGCCAGAAUAUGGCUGAAGAUGAAUUUGUAUACUGGCCAAACAAAGAUGAGCCUAUAAACUGUGAGAGUUUCAAAGUUACUAUGAUUGCUGAAGAACACAAGUGUCUGUCUAACGAGGAGAAGCUCAUAAUCCAAGACUUUAUCUUAGAAGCUACACAGGAUGACUAUGUACUUGAAGUGAGGCAUUUUCAGUGUCCAAAAUGGCCAAAUCCUGAUAGUCCUAUUAGUAAAACUUUUGAACUGAUCAGCAUCAUCAAAGAGGAAACUUCCAACCGUGAUGGACCCAUGAUUGUACAUGAUGAGCAUGGAGGGGUGACAGCAGGCACUUUCUGUGCAUUAACAACACUGAUGCAUCAACUGGAAAAUGAGAACUCAGUGGAUGUUUACCAGGUAGCGAAGAUGAUAAAUUUGAUGAGGCCUGGAGUCUUUACAGACAUUGAACAGUACCAGUUUCUGUACAAAGCUAUUCUCAGCCUUGUCAGCACAAGGCAAGAAGAAAACCCUUCAGCAUCUAUGGACAGUAAUGGCUCAGCUUUACCCGAUGGAAAUGUGGCUGAAAGUUUAGAAUCUUUAGUUUAAUUAACACAUCAAAUUAAACUCAGACACACCUACAUCACACCAGUCACACCUGGAGUUUACCAUUAAUAUUUUCAGUUUUAUACUUUGUGGGGGGGGAAAUCUGUCCAGUCACUAUAUAUGUAAUCAGAUCCCAACCGUUGCUCAAACAGUCAUUUCUGUUACAUAUGACUUUACUGCAGAACUUUUAUUAUUAACAAUGUGUGCCUUUUCUUGAAAGAUUUCUUGUAAUACGUUGUUACGUCUGGACUAACUUGAUUGACUUUUACAGUGUUUCUAAGAAUUGAAUUGUGGUAUGUUUUUUCAGUAUUAGUUUUUGGCUUUACUUUUAACUUAAAAUUAUCAUAUUUAUAGAUGUUAGGGGAGUCUCAAUUACAAACAAACGUGUCAUGGUUUUAGUAUUUGAUUUAUUUGCUGUAUUUAUAACAAUUUACAUUUGCUAGAAAUACAACUUUUAAUAUAGUAGAAUGUAAAUAAAAUACUGUUCUCCAUAACAUUCAACAUUUUAAGACUUCAAUUAGGCAUUUAGAAUAGUAAUCUGAUACUUACUGUAAAUACUGCUACUUCUGUAGUGAUUCCAUGGACCAAAUUUAUAUUUAUAAUUGUAGAUUUUUAUAUUUUACUACAGAGUCAGUUUUCUAGUUCUGUGUAAUUGCCUUGUUAAAAUGAUGUAGUCCAGUAUGUUUUCAUUUUAACAAAGUCUUCUGAUAUAUAACUGUGCAUCUUAAGCAAUUAACCUUCAUUUAGCUGCAUGUGAUUUUAACUUUUUGUGGGAAAUAGAAAUCAUUUGGUUUGAAAUGAGAAGUUUUUAUGAGAAUAACACCUGUACUUGGCAUUGUUAAAUUGUUUUUACCUAUGGCAUUGCAAAAAUAAAUAUAAAUAUUCCAGUC